AUGCUGACUCUUCUCGCAAAUGGACAGAGCAUAUUGAAGAAUGUAGCAUGUAUUUCCUCUUCCCAAGCCUACCUCUUAGUGAGAGAUCAAAUUGAAAAAUCAAAAUCUAAAGUUAUUGAGUAUCAAGCUUCGUAUGAGAAACUUCAGGCUGAGAAGGAUAUUCUUGUCUUAAAGGAAAGGGAACUCAGUGUUAAAAGUGAUGUCAUUGAUUUCCUUCGAAGAUCUGCUGCAAUUGAGAAUUCAAAGAUUUUAGAUCUUCGGAUAGAAAUACAGAAGCAGAACGAUGAGAGAAAGAUGAUUGAAACAAAGGUGGAAGAUGCUUCAAGAGAACCUAGAAGAAAAGAAAUCAUUGCAGAAUUUAAAGCCUUGGUGUCUUCCUUUCCUGUGGAAAUGGAAAACAUGCAAGACCAAUUGUGAAAACAUAAAGGAACUGCUUCAGAUGUUCAUUUUUUGAGGGCUGAUGUGCAAUCUCUUUCUAGCAUUCUUGACAGGAAGGUGAGCAUGUUUUUCAUGUGGUGAAAUUAUUGGAUGUUAUCAUUGGGCUUGUGAUGACUUUUGUGCAUCA